UUCUCGCAAAGCAUUUCUCAUUUCUCUUCAACACAAUAACACGAAUUUCUUUUAGCACAAAUUAAUUUUACUAUGGUUUAACAGUGUCAAUUAUGUGCUACUUAGUAUUUGUGAUACAUUAAAAUUAAACCGCACAAAACAUGAAUUUUCGAUACGCAGCUUACUGCAGUGUGUGCAUGGGAGUGUAGUGUUACAAAAAUUAUGUAAAAUUACCUACAUCGGAGACGACGAAUGACGAUUGGGACGGAAAAUGAAAAUUGACGCACAAGCACAAUCGCUAACAAAAACAGACGAACGUGAAAAACAUCGCACAAACAAUUCAUAUCUUGAGAGUAAAAUUAUAAGAACAAUAGAGUAUAAGGGUUUGCUGUGGUCAUGUGCUCUGAGAGAUAUAUGCCUCACAGCGCUAUGGUUGCCGCUUGGUGCAUUAAUAUUUUGUUACGUAACCGCCUCUAUUUUCCAAGCAGAUGAUAUACACGAAACGCAUUGUAGGGUAUACAACGUGGUACCCUCUAUAAGUGCAAUUACCGGAAUUAGUCCGCAACGGUACGUCUGGCGGAUAUGCGUGGCGUACCACAUUGGACCAAGACUGUUGAUAGGCUCAUUAUACUACAACUACCAUAAGGAACGAACGCUCUUCAUCACCAAUGAAAAGACCCGAGAGCUAGCGAACAAGUUGGGGGAGGCGUGCUACUGGCUGAACUUCGUGGAGCUGCUCGCGCUCUCCGGCGUCACCUACGUGUCUAAUCGUGAAAACUACUUCGUGCACGAGAAGAUCUUCAUUUUGUUCAUGGUGGCGGCUCUACUGCACAUGCUAUGCCGCGCGCGCGUCGGCUGCCUGGGCGCGGACAUCGAGCCCGUGCGCACCAACCGCCUCGUCUGGAUCCUGUUCUACGUCGCCAUCGCCGCCACCGUUGGUCUCGUCGUAUUCUUCCUCAGCCAUCGCCUCCUGUGUCGACCCUUGGGUGAGUACUACUGGCAACAGCUGAGCCAGGAACUGUUCUACGUCGCCAUCGCCACCACCGUCGGCCUCGUCGUUUUCUUCCUCAGCCACCGCCUCCUGUGUCAACCUUUAGCGUUCACAUGGUUCUCUGUGUGCGAAUACAUCCUGGCGACGGCGAACAUGGCGUUCCACGCCAUCAUCGUGCGGGACCUGCCGCUUCACGAGCUGCAGGUCGUCGGCCCUAUACGGAAGAAGACCCUAUAGACUAGUCACUAGCCCUUAUUUUAAACAGUGGGAAUUCCCGUUCCCGGCACCCUGGGGACAGUGCCGGUUUUAGCACUACAAGCGCCCUGGGCGAGAAUUCUUUG